AUGAACUUGAAAGACGGUGGAGAAGAAGCACGACAUACAUGUCUUAAGAAACUACCAUAUGAAUAUCCCAAAGUGAUGUACAGCUCCCGAGGAAUGGAUCUAUCGUUCCAAGAUACUGGAGUUAUCAUGAUCGCUUCAUACACGUUACUGUAUACUAGCAUCAGAGAGCAGGCCAAGUCAUCGCAGUCGACUCAGUUCUUAGCCAACCAACGUAGAAUAACUACUGGAAUUCUUUAUUUCAUGAUCGUUGAGACAGUUGGUUUUGGCUGCCCGUUUCUGGUUCUCUGCUUAUGUGCUUUCUUGAAUGUGGGAAAUACGGUCGUUUCUCAAUUAGCCUUCAUGACCAUGUGCAUCUAUCCCAUAUUUGGUCCAUACUAUGUUCUCAUGUCCAACACAGAUUACAGGAACAGAGUAAGAGGCAUACUUAAGAAAGCUCAAGAAUUAGGAACUAGUCACUUGAGUAGUUGA